AACGGAAACCGCUUCCUCAUUCAAAAGUCCCCUCGGCCAAUGGGAGCGGCCGGGGCUUCCUGCCCCUCCCAUUUGGGGUGGAAAGAGGCGAAAUCGGAAGCGAGCGGCUGGUUGGAGGAUUCGGAGCUGGGCCGGGCCAGAGGUUCCCGGGAUGGACCCCGAGAGGCCGGGAUCUGCGCCCCUGCCCUGCACCCUGCAGCCAUCGAGCGAGCCAGGCUUUGUGCCGCUUCCCUUCUUCCUCCGGCACGACUCCCCAAUGUCCUGGGACCUCUGCGCCCAUAUCCCGGCUGCCGAGAGCCUGGACUCGUGGGAGAGCAGCUUGCUGUGGGAUGGAGGGUCUCUGGUCAUCGCCAAUUCUUCCCAGGGGCAGCCGGGGACGCCAGGGGGAGGUUGUGUUGGCUUUUCCUCUUGGCGUCGCUGCGUGUCCAGCGUGUUUCGUGCUCCCUCGUCUGUUUUACCAAGGAGGUGGAGGUCUGGCUAGUGAAUCCCCCAUUUGGCUUUUGCCCUGUUAUCUCUGCAGGCCAAGCUGGCUCCAUCUCCCCACAGCCACCUCUGGAUCUCUCCGGGUUUCCUUUGGCCGAGCCCUGGGACGUCCUCUCGCCGGAUGCCCCCGCUGACGCAGCCCCCGAUUUCGUUCACCCCCUGGUGACGGCUGUUCACCUGGAUCCUGGUGCGCCGUGGUUGAUGUCAAGGAUAAAUCCAGCUGGAUCUACCCCCACUCCACCACUUCUGGAUCCCGCUGGUUUUCCUUCGCCCGAGCUCUGGACCGGGCCCCACAUGGACGCCCCUCCUGACGCAGCUCCCGAUCCUGCUCUGCCCCCCGUGGCUGCUGCCUGCCUGGAUCCCGCAGACGUACCCCCGACAUCAAUGACAAAUCCAGCUGGAUCUACUCCCACUCCACCACCUCUGGAUUCUGCUGGUUUUCCUUCGCCCGAGCUCUGGACCGGGCCCCACAUGGACGCCCCUCCUGAUGCAGCCCCCGAUCCCGCUCUGCCCCCCGUGGCUACUGCCUGCCUGGAUCCCGCAGACGUACCCCCGACAUCAAUGACAAAUCCAGACUUGGGUGAAGUCUUGGCCCACGUCUCUCACACUCUGAGAUGCCACCCCAAGGGUAUGAGGGUGAAGCCGCUGACGAAGAGGCUGCGGAAGGAGCAUGGGGUGGACCUGUUGGCAUUCAGCCAGGACGGGGGGUACCAGGGAGUCGUGUCCUUCCUGCAGGAGACGCCGGGUAUCGAACUCUGGAACCCCGAGAAGGGAGAGAAGUGUCGUGUCCUGAGCUGUACCUUUAAGAAGAACGUCACAGACCCCCUGCCGCUGCUCUGCAGCACCCUGGGCUCCUUCCCCAAUGGCCUGCGGGUCUUCAGUCUGAGGAAGGCCAUGUGGCAGAGGCACGGGGUGAACUUGGAGGAAUUCAGCCAGCAACAGGGAUAUCUGAGCACCCUGGACUAUCUGACCAGGCUGCGUGGGAUCAGGCUGCAGGGGCUGGAGAGAGGGGAAAAGUGUCUUGUCCAGCUUCAGAAGGGUGACGCUGUGAAGCCCCCUGCCCCGCAGCCCCCCCCAGACCCCGCUCCCCCAUCGGCCCAGCCCAGCAGCAGCCCCCCGCCCGAUGCCCCUGCCGACGGGGGGCCGACGGGAGCCCCGGGGGAGACGCCCGGCUUGGCCGAGGUCUCGGCCUGGGUGCGGGACGUGCUGGGCCGUUUCCCGCUGGGGCUGAAGGUGGGCAAGCUGAAGGAGGCGCUGCGGAGCGAGCGUGGGCUGGACCUGGAGGAGCUGAGCCGUCUGCGGGGCUGCGGGGACGCCCUGCACCUGCUCCGGGCUCUGCCCCACCUCUGGCUGCGGGACCCGGGCCAGGGCGACGCCUGCCUGGCCCGGCUGGACGUGGGCUUGGCCGAGGUCUCGGCCUGGGUGCGGGACGUGCUCGGCCGUUUCCCGCUGGGGCUGAAGGUGGGCAAGCUGAAGAAGGCGCUGUGGAGCGAGCGCGGGCUGGACCUGGAGGAGCUGAGCCGUCAGCGGGGCUGCGGGGACGCCCUGCACCUGCUCCGGGCUCUGCCCCACCUCUGGCUGCAGGACCCGGGCCAGGGCGACGCCUGCCUGGCCCGGCUGGACGCGGGCUUGGCCGAGGUCUCGGCCUGGGUGCGGGACGUGCUGGGCCGUUUCCCGUUGGGGCUGAAGGUGGGCAAGCUGAAGGAGGCGCUGCGGAGCGAGCGCGGGCUGGACCUGGAGGAGCUGAGCCGUCAGCGGGGCUGCGGGGACGCCCUGCACCUGCUCCGGGCUCUGCCCCACCUCUGGCUGCAGGACCCGGGCAAGGGCGACGCCUGCCUGGCCCGGCUGGACGCGGAUGCUGCUGUUAAUGCCCCUGCGCUCCCCGCCCCCUCCCAUCCUGCCAAAGCGGGGGGGCCGGGUGCCGCGGGCCCAGCGAAGCGGACGCAGGGCCAGCGUCGGGUGGCAAAGCCCGGCGCGAUGGAGGCGUUGAUCCGGGGCGCCCUGGCCCCCUACCCCUUUGGCAUGCGGGUGAAGAACCUGCGGAAGCUGCUGGUGGGGAAACAUGGAGCCGAGCUGGAGGCCUUCAGCCAGGCCAGAGGCUACGGGGACGUGGUCUCCUUCCUGCGGGAUGUCCCCGGACUCACGCUCCGGGGCCCAGAGAAGGGCAACAACUGCAUCGUGUGGCUCCAGAGAGGGUCCCCGCAUCCCCACGCAGCUUCCUGUCCCGGGGAAGCAGCUGCCGGCAUCCCCCAGGAGCCAGGGGUGGCCGACAGCUGGGACGCCGGGGACUGGGACCCAGAAUAUGCUUCUGCGCCGGAGAGAAGUGCGACUGAGGUCCUGACGCUGCUCAAGUGCUUGCUACGCCCAUACAAGUCUGGCCUGCAGCUGCAGAAGCUGCAGGAGUUGCUGCUGGAGAGACACGGGCUGGAUCUGAAGCGGUUUGUCAGCUCCCAGGGCGAGGAGGACGUGCUCGGAUUCCUGCAGAGGCGCCUGCCCGCGCUGGAGUACAGGCAGCCGGAGAAGGGAGCGAAGUGUAUCGUCUGGCUGGGGACAGGGCAGAAGAAAGGCUCUGGAUCUUUGCCCCCUGGCAGUGCCCGCCCCUUGCCUGGCUCCAAGAGGUGCCUCCUCCCAACGAAUGCCGCGGAGCGCCCGCCCCAACCCGCCACCGCCUGCCUCAACCCCCGGCUGCCCAGUGCUACCACCAACCGGCCUCUGCUUCCCAGCCUGCCUUCGGCCCGGGAGCCCUUCCGGGCCCCUGCCGCCCAGGGAAAGCUGGGAAAGUCCCCAGGGGCCAACCCCCGCCUCCCAGCCUGGUUACGGAGCCCACCCCGGCCCACCGGCACCUGCUCAGGCCUACGAACAGAGGAGGGGACCCACGAGUCCAGGACCAGGCCUGCCAGCGCCCCCUUGGUUCUGCGAGCAGAGGAGGGGACUCAGGAGUUCGGGGCCAGGCCUGCCAGCGCUCCCUUGGCCCUGCGAGCAGAGGAGGGGAUCCAGGAGUCCGGGGCCAGGCAGGCCAGCGCCCCCUUGGUUCUGCAAGCAGAGGAGGGGACCCAGGAGUCCAGGGCCCAGCCCCCUGAGGACCUGAGGGAGCUGAAGCGGAAGGUGGGGGCCAUCCUGGCCGGGCACCCCGGGGGCAUGUCCCUCUUCCAGUUCCGUGCCGCGUACAGCGCCGCCCACCAGCACCCGCUGCCCCUGGGCUGCACGGCCUCCACCAAGCAGCGGCUGGCGCAGAUGCCUGACGUGGUGAGGAUGCAGGGCUGCGGGGUGCAGAUGCUGCUGCUGCCAGUGGACCCCGACGGACCCCCCAGGGCAGAGCCUGGUCUCGCCCUGUGGAUCCCACAAGAAGCUGCUGCCCUGGCUGGGGACACCGACGACCCAUCUGAGCCCCUUCCCACCCUGGCCGAGAUCCCUCCCGUCCCAGCAGCUCCCGACCUGACUGGGGACCCCGACACCCCAGCUGAGUCCCCUUCCUUCCCGGUAGCUCCCGACUUGACUGGGGACCCCGACUCCGCAGCUGAGCUCCCUCCCACCCUGCCCGAGAUCCCUCCAGUCCUCACAGCUCCCGACCUGACUGGGGACCCCGACACUCCAUCUGAGCCCCCUUCCUUCCCGGCAGCUCCCGACUUGACCUGGGGACCCCGACUCCGCAGCUGAACCCCCUCCCACCCUGCCCGAGAUCCCUCCAGUCCUCACAGCUCCCGACCCGGCUGGGGACCCCAAAGUCCCAGUCAAGCCCCCUCCCACCUUCGUGGCUCCGAGAUGGGGGCCGAGCCUCCAGGCCAUGCAGCGCCCAGAGGCCGCCCGACCUGAAGCCAGCUGGGAGUUACCUGACUUGGUGCCCAGCGCCCCCGUGGUUCUCCCAGCAUCGGGGCCGUGCAGCAGGUCGUGGCUCUGGCUUGGGGCAGAGUCCCCCCUCGCCCCGGCUGAUCCCGGUGCUGCUGCUCGCCCGGUCGUGUACCCUCUCACCCGGGAGGUCCCCCCGGCCCCCGCUGCAGCCCCAGAGUCGCCCUCCCUGUGCCCAGCGGCACCGGGGCCACCCCAGGCCCGGCUCAAGCGGGUCCAGUUGGUGCCUCCCUUCCAAGACCACCCUUUGGCUGGGGAUGCCUCUCGGGCACAGCCGGUCCCUAAAGCCGUGGGUCAGAACCAGGGCACAUCAGCGGCUGUGGGAUCCCCUGUGGGCCCGAUCCCUGCAGAUCCAUCCACAGGCCAGGCCGUCUCCCCUAUUAAGCAGCUCUCAGGGGUGGCCCCGGAUCCCCUCCCUCCUCCAGAGGCCAGUGUCUCAGUGACCCCCGAGCAGGGCUGGCCAGACACCGGGCGCCCUGGUUCAGGUGGAGAUAUCGGCUCUCCUGUUGACCCCUUGCUGCGCUGCCAUCCGGCCCAGCCGGUCCCCUCUGCAGGGACGACCCCGCCGGGCCCGUGGGCCGGGAUCCCCUCGGCCCCACCGGCCCACUCGCCGCCACACCACACCGACACCUGCAUUCUCCUAUAGCCACCGCUGGCAACUCGGGCUGGUGGCUCUGGGGUGGAGCAGGUCGGCCUGCGGCCAACUCAGCACAACGCCCGGAGCUCUGCAGGAGAGGUCGGGAAAUAAACCCCUGUGAUUUCUCGAGCAGGGGGCACUGGGGCAUUUCAGCCCCCCCACCCCAGUCUCCUGGGCACUGGGGCUUUUCUCCCCCCAGGACUGAUCUCUUUAUCUAGUGGACUUGAAAACGUUGGCUUACAACUCUAAAGAAGCGGCCACUGACUAUUUUCAGUGGGAGAUGGCUUAAUUUGAGGACUCCCAACUCCAGACCCGCCCUGAGACCCCCCCUCCAUCGAAUCACGAGUGCUCGUUGGUUCUGGAAACCAGUCGUGGCUUUUCAACCGACUGUUGCCCCAAACCGGUGGCCACUUGCCGAAAUCGGUGGCCAGCCACCAACGUCUCAGGGAAAGCGGCCUGCGCUCCGUGUGCAGCAUUGACAUUUUAGCGAUUAAAUUUUCUAACAAGCGCCA